UUUGAGCAUUCAUACAAACCCGGACAGAACAAACCAGUAAAAUCGUGCCUACAUUGCGAGCGCAGACACAAGUAAUCUGUGCAUACCAUAUUGUGUUGUCUACAGUCUUGACCGUGAAAGUGUGACGGCUCUCUUCAGUCAACUCAACCGACUCUUGGGCACUGUCCAAAAACUUUGGGAAGCGCACUCGAGCUUAGCACCAAGUCUCCCCAAGACAAGACCACCUCCCUCUACCUCUCUCUCUCAUUUUUGCGAUAUCGAGUUCAUGUCUAAGAGAUGACGUACUUCGCCGACUUGCACACAUACCUCCAUCAAUCCUCCCUCCUCAUCCAAGCCUAUCCCACCACAAGGAUAACAACAAAAUAUUCAUUACCACGAAAACCAAACCCAAAGGCUCGAUCAUCAUCAAAAUCGAAACAGACAGACGUUGGGGAUGCUGCUUCAACAACACCAGCUACACAAUCGCAAUCACAAGCGGCGAAACGUGAGCCUUCGGCCGUCCUCGUUCUUAAGACCUUCCACCCCGAAUCUGGCAUAUGUCUGAAAUAUCGAACCGACAAGGCCGCCGAGGUGGGACGAUUACUCGCAGGUCUGGGCCGGUUAGCAAAAGGCGAAGUGAUUGAGGUCCCCACCAGCAGCACGACAAGCGGGCAAAAUGUGCCGGCGACGACGAAUGGAGCAGCAGGAGCAGAUAAAAUGGAAAUCGACAGUGGCGCGGGCGUGGCAGUACCGAAGACGGGAGACAGCACAGUCGCUGCACCGCCGGCUGCGACCCAGACUGGAGGAGGCGCCGGCGCCGGUGGAAAGGGUAAAAAGAAGAAAGGAAAGAAGUGAAAUUGUGGUUCACCGCCCAGGAGAAGAAUCUUGACUGGAUGUGACUUUCUUGUCAGGCUUAAUCAUACAGAAUGCGGAUGUCUGUACUCGACCGAAAGGCUUGAGUCAUCCAAGCAGAUUUCCGGGUUGCGCGAACUUCGGGAAUGUAAUGAAGUUCCCCAAGCUCGCUGCGGAGGCUGAUACUCUCAAUCUCUCACAAUGCAACUUAGACAACCGGUGCGGAAGUUAUCGACUCCUAUCAACGCAAAUUCAUCAUCAGUUGAGUCGCGCCCCAUGAAGGAGAGCAUUCCUGGGCCCGGCACAUGGUGUUCGUCUAUGUUCGAAGUCUAUGAACUGUAGGAAUGUACUCCCCGCGCGGGAUUGAGCAUUCUCCUUAAUGGGAGAGAGCAUUGAACGUGGAGGAAUCCGUAAGCUGGCUUCGGUGUCCGGGUCAAUAUUGCCACACACAGUGGCUGCAGAUAGCCCAUGAAUACACACCUAGGUAUACCC